AUGUCCGAUAGCACAGCACCACCCACCGCUCAAAGCCAGCCCUCAAGCACGAGCGGCUCUGUUAUAUCUCUCUUGCCGAAAGCAAUAGCCCGAACAGCCCGUUUAAUUUACCGAACGGCACAGUUUACAGCCAGAUACUCCAAAGAUGUUUACAUCGGUUCCGCUAUAACCGUCACCCCGAAUUACGCGAUAGUCCGUCAGGGACUACGAGAUCGCUACACCCUCCUGCAUUCCUCAGUCGAUUUCCCAAUAUUCCAUCCUACGGGUGAAGGCUUACCUCCAAAAUUCAAAGUCUAUCGUAUGAGAAAAGGAUGGAUUGAUGGAUUCUUCGGCUGGAACUCUGCCAGUUGGACUGGGAAAAGAGCGAAGAAGAAUAGCUGGAAGGAUGUUACUCCAGACGUUGAGUUGAAGAGCUUUUCAUCUGGUGGGAAGAUCGUGUAUACCGCUGCUGAUGGGACUGAGGUUUCUCCUUCGAAGUCGUUUUGUAAGGAUGUCGUGGGAUUUGAUUUAAGUGCUGCAGCUGCAGAGCAAGAGAUAUCGAAUGCGAAUACAAGAAGGUUUGAUGCGGUUACACAUGUUAGCGUGCACAUUCCUUUGACGACACAGGAUGGAUUUUAUAGAUUUGUGGUGACGGAUGAAUAUGACAAGAUAUUGGUUGUGAGCCCGGAAUAUACAAUCCACCAAUCAUUCACAUCUUUUGGAAUCUUGCGGGGGUCAUCUAUUCCCGCUCUACCUAUCCAAUUUGUUGGCUAUCUGAUCAAAAAGUCGAUAGCAGGGGUAGUCAGCGGCCUCUUGACAGCCCUAUACUUCACUGGAGGACUACCCUCAAACCUCGCAGUUCGACUUUUCAUGUGGUACUACAAGAAUGAAGUUACAGACGCCAAAGACAAAGCGCUAGCUUUUGCUAGAGAUAAAGGAGCUAUUAAACCGCUAGAUUAUUUGGCUUGGGGUGCUGGAGGUGCGUUGCCUGGAAGUCACGGUCGGAUACAGCAGUAUGAACAAGAGUGGGAUGGUAAAAAGGGGAGUUGGUAUGUUAAGGAUGUGGGGAGACAGCAGUAUGCUUGA